ACCCGGAGUCGCUCCACGUCACCUGGACCCGGCCCACGCCCGGCCGGCGGCCGAUAAAACUCGAUCCCUAUCAUCAUUUCCGAGCCUCUUCUCUUCACGUUUCUCCCAUCUCGUAUCGUAUUCUACUCUCUCGCUCUUUCAGUUGCGUGCUGGCUCCCCUCCCUUGUGCUGCUGCUUCCUCCUGUUCCUUGCUGCCGCUGCUGCUGCCUCCUGUUCUCGUCUCUGACUCCGGGCGGGCCAUUGUUGCCCGCGGCAGAUCCGGAGGCGGUUCCGAUCUGACCGCGCUCCGCGGGGCGGGCGGGCGGGCGGUUGGUUGUUUGGGGGGCGGCAAGUCGGAUGAUGUGGUUGUGAACUUGUGGCGGGGCGCGGCGCGGCGAUGAGGCGGGCUCGGGUGAGCGGCGGGGGUGGUGGUGGUUCGCCCGUCCUUCUGCUGGUGCUGGCCGCGGCAUUGGCGCCGCGGCAAGCGAGCGCGGUCACCGACGCCGCCGACGUCUCUGCUAUAAAUGGAUUGUACGUUUCGUUGGGAUCUCCAAAGCUUCCUGGAUGGAUUCCAAAUGGUGGAGACCCCUGUGGUGAGCUUUGGCAGGGCGUUGUAUGUACUGGCUCAGCUAUAACUAAAAUAACCAUGAAUGCUGCAAACUUGGGAGGGCAGCUGAGCAACUUGGGGAACUUCACUUCAAUCACCACCAUAGAUCUUAGUAACAAUAAUAUUGGUGGAAGUAUACCAGAAGACCUACCUCUCACAUUGCAGACUCUUUUCCUCUCUGCUAAUCAGCUCACUGGAAGCAUCCCGAGUUCAUUGUCAAAUCUUAAAAGCUUAUCGGCAAUGUCACUCAAUGCCAACCAUCUAGAUGGAAAACUACCAGAUGCUUUCGAUUCACUCGUUGGACUUGUAAAUUUGGACAUUUCUGCUAACAACUUCACUGGCGUGUUACCACCUUCAGUGAAAAACUUGUCAUCUUUGACUACAUUGCGCAUACAAGACAAUCAACUGUCUGGGACCCUUGACUUCUUGCAGGAUCUCCCCCUUAAAGACUUGAAUGUAGAGAACAAUUUGUUUUCUGGAUCCGUGCCUCCAAAAUUAUUGAACAUACCGACCUUCAAAAAGGAUGGCAAUCCAUUCAAUACCACCAUAGCCCCAUCAGCAUCACCACCUUCAGCAUCAGCAGGACCAGCACCAACUCCAACGGGCACUCCAACACUAACACCAACAGGACCAAAACUAGCUCCAACACCAACACCUACAGGUCCAAAUCCAGAACGAGCACCAUCACCGCCUUCACCCCUUUCAAAAGCCCCUCCAUCCUCUGAAACUCCUUCAAACUCUUCUGAUGGAUCAACUGCUCGAGAUAGCACUUCAUCAUCUAGGAAACAUAAUUCGUCAGCCCUCAAGAUUGCUGGAUUUGUUCUUCUUGUAGUAGUACUGUUCAUAGCUAUAGUCCUGCUGAUUAUAUUUUGUUUGUCCAAGUACCAAGAGAGACAAUCAAGAUAUGAUUACAACAGAACUCAGCUAGGAAGGGUGCAUCAUCGGGUUGAACCCCAAAUCAUGCCAGCUUCAGUGCAACAAAAGGACGAUGUUAAAAAAGGUCCAGGCGAGACCCUUGAUAGGAGGGACCGCGAGUUACGUUCGGCAGCAGCAGCAGCUCUCCCGAAGAAGUCUCCUGAAAGCCGGAAGGAGCACAUAAUUAAUUUGGAUCGAACAGAUUCAGAUCUUUUUGCAGCUGUGCCGCCUCCACCUCCACCUCCACCUCUACCUCCACUAUUAAAUGUUGGAAAAGUUGCCGUAAAUCCCAUUGUUCCGCCAGAAAAGAGACAUAGUCCCCCACCAAGGACAAGUACCCUAACCUCUGCCACACCCUUCUCUGUUGCAUCUCUUCAGCAAUAUACAAGCAAUUUCAGAGAGGAGAAUGUGAUAAGGGACAGUAGAUUAGGAAAGGUAUACCUAGCAGAGCUUCCUGAAGGCAAGUUGUUGGAAGUUAUGAAGAUUGACAAUGCUAACGGAAGAGUAUCAGUAGAUGACUUUCUAGAACUUGUUGCACAUAUCUCAGAGAUCAAGGAUCCUAACAUCCUUGAGUUAGUUGGAUACUGUGCUGAAUAUGGACAGCGAUUACUUGUGUACAACCACUUUGGCAGAAAAACACUAGAUGACGCACUUCAUGAUGGAGAGGAAAUACACAAUGCUCUAUCAUGGAAUGCUCGCCUCCAGAUUGCUCUUAGUUCAGGAAAAGCCUUACAGUAUCUCCAUGAAAGCUUCCAACCUCCAAUUGUGCAUCAGAAUUUUGAACCGGCAAAUGUGCUCCUUGAUGAUAAGUUAUCAGUGUGUGUUGCUGAAUGUGGACUGGCGAAACUUAUGCCAUCAAGUUCUGUCACUCAGUUGUCAGGUCGAAUGCGCACACUACUGAGCUAUGAAGCACCUGAAUUCCAGGAAUCUGGGAUCAUUACAGAACGGGGUGAUGUUUAUAGUUUUGGAGUAGUAAUGCUAGAACUCCUUACUGGGCGUAAACCAUAUGAUACUUCACGCCCACGCCAUGAGCAGCAUCUUGUUAGAUGGGCCGGUUUUCAGCUUCAUGACAUUGAAUCCCUGUCCAAGAUGGUGGACCCUGUUAUACGAGGGCAGUGUUCUGAGAAAGCACUUUCACGGUUUGCAGACAUAAUCAGCCGCUGUAUCCAGCGGGAGCCAGAAUUCAGGCCACCAAUGUCUGCAAUUGUACAGGACCUUGCCAGUAUUAUAAAUGCUUCUGGUGAGGAAUCAGAGUAACAAACAAUUCAAUGAUUUGGACAUCUCACGCGCCAUGUUCCUGCUGAGAAAUUUUGGGAUGGAAUUUCUUUUGGCACAAAUGAAAAGAUAUCAUAUGCCACAAAUUCCUGGGAGAAGUGUAGCUAUUAAUUCUUACCAAUGCAUCAUGUAUGUAAGUAUGUAAAUUACCAUAGGUGAUCCCAUUCAUUGAAGGAAAACUAUAUGCUUUCCAAAUGAAAUCUCUUAGAUAGAAUAUUGGAUAUUUAGUGAACAUAGGGAACUGGAGUGAUCUACAGCACAGAAAACGAAAAAAGAAAGUAGAAACAGGGAAUGUGCAGGAAUUGGAUGUCAAACGUCUGCCACAAUACCAAAGCUCUGUUUACUGAAUGAUUUUGAAGGAGUCUUCAAGGAAUAGAAUCCUAUAGGAAAGUUUGCUAUAUGGCCCUCUGGAACAAAUGAAGAAUUAUCUGUUUCUAAGAAAUCCAUUUGGAAUGGCUUAGUCCGUAGAAAUUUUGUAAAAAUUCCUUGUGGAGAAAAUCCCGUUGUGUAUGCAUGAAGCGUUUAUCUCUUCACAUUCAGGCUACGAGUCACGCUAUGGUUGCAAACAAGAUCCAGCUUUGCAAAGGAAGGUUCAUUCAAGA